GUUGUCAUAUCCAUAGCAACAGCUCAGUUACCUGGGGCAGGUGCUUUUUUUUGAAAACGCUGGAGACGUUUAAAGUAGGAGAACAGUUUGUGGACAUACUUUCAUUCAACCAUGACUUCAAUCUUCUCCAGAGAAACCCAGCUGAAGGCCAUGGAGGCGACCAUAGACAAUGCUGAGAAGUACAUGGGUCAGUUCUGCACACUGCUCGCUGCAUACUCUCGCAAAACAGCCAAACUCCGAGACAAGGCCGACAUGCUGACCAGACAGCUGCACGACUUCGCCUGCACAGAGGACCCUGAGAUGAGUAUAUGCCUGAAAAACUUCUCUGAAGACUUGUCCAUGGUGCAGGACUACAGACAGGCUGAGGUGGAGAGGUUGGACGCACGUGUGGUCACUCCUUUGAAGGCAUAUGGGGACAUUGUGAAAACUAAACGAGCAGACUUGAAGAAGUUUAGUACAGAUCGUAACAAAGAGCUGAAGGAGGUGCAGAGAUUGGAGAAGUUGCGGCUAAAGAACCCAGCAGACAGACAGGGCAUUUCACAGGCAGAAGUGAAUGUGCAGAGAGCCAGCAGCAAUGCCAGCAGGAGCACCAAGCAGAUGGAGGAGACCAUCAUUGAAUUCCAGAGACAAAAACUGGAGGAUGUCAAGAGGAUCUUCACAGAAUUCAUCAUGGUGGAGAUGCUAUUUCAUGCCAAAGCUCUGGAGGUCUACACACACACCUUCAAGAACAUGGAAACCAUGGACACUGACAAAGAUCUAGAGAUGUUUAGGAACCGCAUCCAGGUGUCUGGUUCUGCUCUGGAGAACACUUCGCCUACUGCCGAUAUGCCCCAUUACCCCAGCUCUCCUACCUCAACCCUCAGACUGCCCCAGUACUCCAGUCCACCUCCCACCAUACCCAGAAUGGCCAUGGGGCAGCACAAACAGCCUCUGAACAGAGUUCACCGCAGACAGAAACAGAUGGAGGAUGAUGAAGAGGAAGAUGAUGAAGAUGACGACGAUGAUGAAGAGGAGCGAUUUGACUCAGAGGAAGAUGUGGAGGAGCCGCAGACUCACAGACAGUCCUACGCUGCUGAAUACGUCGCAACCCACAGACAGAAAUAAAACAUACAGUCAUGCCAUCAUAAACAAUCAUAUUUAAUAUACUGUAUAUUCAUGCCUCUUCAGGAUAUGUAUAUAGAGAGCUAUUUUUUAGUCAUUUUUGAAACAUGUACACCUCUGCUAAUUAGCCAUAACAAUUAAACCACCUGCCUAAUGCUGAAUUACUGUAUAUAAGGCCCUCAUGUGUAACCAAAUCAAAUCUGUAGAUGCACCCAUAGAGGCAUGGACUCCAAAUGACCCCUCAAGGUAUCAUUCAGUAAGCCUUGGACACCCAAAACCCUGUCAUUGGGUCAACGUCGUUCCUCCUGAACAAGUUUUAGUGACACAGGUGCCACUAAAACUAGAUAAUCAAUAUUAUUCUAUUUUCUUUUUAUUGUUGUGGCUAAUAAGCAAUGCUAAAAAACAGCUGUGUCAGAAAAAAUAUUAUAUUAUAUAGGUGCAUAUCUUCAUCAUCUGUGAAAUAAAGGAGUUUCUAAAGCAUGAAAUAUGAAA